AUGAUGCUUGAUGUAUUGAAGCAACAUCCACAUCUCCUUCCAGCAACCCAGUUUGGUAACAAGACAACAACCGAGGCCCUGCAGUAUCUCUUCCGUAUCAUCUAUACCACUUGGUGCUCCAACAGCGAUGACGUUGUUACGAUUCUCGGUCUGGAUAUGAGCAGUGCCUACGAUAACGUCUAUCGCCAGAAGCUUUUGCAAACCUUGUACGACAAAGGCUUCCCCAGAUGGUUCGUUGACAUCAUCCGGCUUGUGCUUUCACUACGAGAUGCCACUCUGCGUUUGCCCGGCAUCGUCUCCAAGACGUUUGGGCUGAACACAGGAAUCCCUCAAGGCUCGCCCCUUUCUACCAUCCUCUUCUACUUCUUUGUUUGUCCUCUCGUGGAACAAACAUUCCCUCCCCGACUCAUCUACGUUGACGGCAAGAAGGAGACCGUCCGCCUAUACCAAUUCUCUUUUGUGGAUGACGUCUACUACAUCGCCAUGUUGCCAAUCGCCAAGGAGCUUUUCAUCAGCUUUGGUUCUCACAAGUACCACGUCAUGCACAUGAGACUACCAACCGUUCGACAGCCGACUCACAACCAAGUGAGGCCCGUGAUCGAAGGUUUCGUCGAGAAGGUCCAGGAGAAGAUGACAAUCUUGGGUGUCAUAGUGGACUCUCAGAUGACCUUUGACCUUCAUGUCACCGAGAUCGUCAGGAAGUGCAGACAGAGACUGGGUUACAUGAAACGGAUCUCGGGGAGCACAUGGGGCUCUGACAUGUAUGCAAUCCGUCAAUAUUACUUGACGCUGAUUCGUCCUGUCAUCACCUACGCUUGUGGAGCUUGGUUCAUCAAGCAGCGUGAGGGCGUGAGCACACCUCUGCACUUUGGCCUCAACAACAAGUUGAUUCUCCGCCUUCAGUCCUUGCAGUCUGAAUGCCUUCGCUUCGUCUCGGGCGCUUUUGGUUGCGUUGCUGGUACCUUGGUUGAGAAGGAGUUGUUCAUCGAGAACAUGUGGACUAUUCUGCACUCACAGGCGACUUUACAACGAGCAAUGAGCUUUACUUCCCACGAUUCGCGAUGGAGGUCCCUGUCUUGCGGGGAUGGUGCCUCAAAAGCUAGGAUCGGGAACCCAAUCAUACUCCUGGAGGAAGAGGCAGGAGAAAUGCUGAAAGGUGCCGUCGAGUAUCAGGCGCUGCUGGCUCAGGACUCGGAUGAUCCUUCGCAUGUGCAGGCCAUGGCAGAUCGCUUUGCAGACCGCAAGGGGCGUGGCAAGAUCGUGGGGUCACAUAUCAAGUGGCUGGCAGCCCAGGAGUGUCAGCUCUUGUGGCGGGACUACGUUAAAGGUCGCGAAAAGACCCAACUCGCAGCUGGAAAGCACCCUUCGCGUCUGAGACUCCCAGUUGCUUUGGAUGAGCGCUGGGGUAAACAAAGCCUCGGCUACUACAAGGGUUUGACGCGGGCACAGAGUACCAUGCUGUUCCAAUGCAGGACCGAGUUCAUCGGACUCAAGUACCAUCUCUGCAGGAUCAAGCUCGGCGAUGCUCCAUCCUGUCCUUGCGCCAAAUCCCGAGAAACCCCGUUCCACCUCUUGGUCGAAUGUACACGCCUUGACUCCCAGCGAAAGCGUUUAUUCCGGGAGCUUCAACACACCAACUUCUCUAGACUUCUCACUGUCGACGGAGGAGUCGCGGCCCAGUGGGCCAUCACCUACUUUGACAUCGAGAAGUUCGACAAUGUGAGAAAGAAGUCUUCCAAGUUCCCUUUCGACCCCAGUUGCAUCUCGCCCCGUGAGGAGCGGAUAUCCACUUCCAACUCGCUACAGUCGACCAUGUCAGAACAGACAAUGGUCUCCUAUGGCAAUGGUAUCACACUAUUCGAUAGCGCCAAAGGGACAUCUACGUCUCCUCGAAGGGCAGUCCCCAUUUCAUCUUAUUAUACACCGGCAGGCGUCGGGACCAGACAGCCACAGUAA